UUGAGAGCGCAGUGACCACUGAACAGCUCUACAACCACCGCGAGUUUCGACGCACUUGAGGAUCGACUCAGUCAUCUUUUAUCAACACUGUAGAGCCUUUUCUGUUAUUCUGACAUUAAACGCUGCAAGCCUAUAGCCCUGAUGGCCUCUCUAAAGCGAGAAAGAGAGGCAGUGGUAGACGACGAUGACAACGAAGACGGAGUGGCACCCAAAAUAGUACGAGGACGUGUAACAGAAGACCGGAGAAGUCGUCAUUGUCCCUAUCUCGACACCAUAAACAGGAGUGUGCUAGAUUUUGACUUCGAGAAGCUUUGCUCCAUCUCACUCUCUCACAUCAAUGUCUAUGCCUGUCUUAUAUGUGGAAAAUACUUUCAAGGAAGAGGUCUAAAGUCCCAUGCGUACACUCACAGUGUACAAUUCACCCAUCAUGUUUUCCUCAAUCUGCACACUCUCAAGUUUUACUGUCUGCCUGACAACUAUGAGAUCAUUGACUCUUCACUAGAAGAUAUCACAUAUGUGCUGAAACCAACUUUCACAAAGCAACACAUUGCAGGUCUGGACAAGCAGGGUAAACUGUACAGAGCCUAUGAUGGUACAACCUACCUGCCAGGUAUUGUUGGACUCAACAACAUCAAAGCCAAUGACUAUGCUAAUGUUGUCUUACAGGCUUUUUCCAAUGUUCCCCCACUUCGAAACUAUUUCCUGGAGGAGGAGAACUACAGGGGAAUACGCAGGCCACCAGGGGACAUCAUGUUCCUUUUGGUGCAGAGAUUCGGUGAGCUGAUGCGCAAACUUUGGAAUCCAAGAAACUUCAAAGCCCAUGUGUCUCCUCACGAGAUGCUGCAGGCUGUGGUUCUGUGCAGUAAGAAGAACUUCCAAAUUACCAAGCAGGGAGAUGCAGUAGACUUCAUGACAUGGUUCUUAAAUGCUCUGCAUGGUGCUCUUGGUGGGACAAAGAAAAAAACAUCAAUCGUUACCAAAGCCUUUCAAGGCUCCAUGCGGAUCUUCUCCAAGAAACUUCCACACCCGGAUUUACUACCAGAAGAAAAGGAGGCCUUGCUCCUGACAGAGGAAUACCAGGAACAGAUGUCUGAAUCCACCUUCCUGUUCCUGACCCUUGACCUCCCAACAGCUCCACUGUACAAGGAUGAGAAGGAACAGCUUAUAAUCCCGCAGGUUCCUCUCUUCAACAUUCUGGGCAAGUUCAAUGGCAACACAGAAAAGGAAUACAAAACCUACAAAGAGAACUUUCUUAAAAGGUUCCAGUUGACCAAACUGCCUCCGUAUCUCAUCUUCUGCAUCAAAAGAUUUACCAAGAACAACUUCUUUGUGGAAAAGAACCCCACAAUUGUCAACUUCCCUAUCACAAAUGUGGACCUUCGUGAGUACUUGACAGAAGAGGCACAAGCUACAGAGAAGAACACAACUUAUGAUCUUGUUGCCAACAUAGUGCAUGAUGGGAAGCCUUCUGAGGGAGCAUACAGAAUACAUGUUCUGCAUCAUGGAACUGGGAAGUGGUAUGAGAUGCAGGAUCUGCAGGUGACUGACAUUUUGCCCCAGAUGAUUACGCUGUCAGAGGCCUACAUCCAGAUCUGGAAAAGGCAAGAGAGUGAUGAUGACACAAACAACCACACAGGGGCGUAGGUGAUGCAGGAUUGAAAGGCCAGAAGUGACAUCACCAUACUGGAAAUAAACUGGGUAUUUAAUCAUUUGAAAUAUGAAAACAUUGUAAGAUAAGUAUCACAUCAGAAGAUUUUGUUAAUAGCCACAAUUAAAUGUAAAUGUCAUGGUUUUCACUGUUUUGUCUUUUUACAAUGUGGACAUUUCUUAAUAAACAGGCUUCAGAACA